GUAAUGGUUGAAAACCUCUAUAUAUAUGUCAUUUUAAAAUAACACCCAACUUCUAUAUAUAGUCAAUACAUAUGUCCAUAUUAUAUUCUAGACUAAAUAUUUUCUCUUUUAAAAAUAUAGAAAACAGUUUUUUAGUCUACAAGCAAAUGUUAUAGAGUAAGUAUGCAUUAUACAAAAUAAUAUAUAUUUAAAAUCCAUACACAAAAACAUAAAAGUUGAUAUAGACCUCUUUCUGACAGAUGCACACUCCACUAUGAAUAAGAAUUAAAAUAAAAACAGUAUUGUCAUCAAACUUUAUCAUAAAUCCACAUUUGUACAUCUAUAAUUAUGAGUUGGACAAUUAGUUAAUUUGAUACAAUACCAAAGCAAAAAUAAUCGAAAAACAACUAUAUAUACCACCUCAUACUAAUAAGUAACACAUAACAGAUAACCAAAUUCUUGAAUCUUAAAACAAAUUUCAACUCGAGCAUUUAGUGAAUAUCAAAUUAACUAAUAUCCUGCCCGUAGGACGGGCCGACCCUAGUUGACUAUAAGGUUGGUAAAGUAAUGUAUAAGGAUUUAUAAAUUAGUUGUACAAGCGUAUAAAUUGAGUAUAAUAGGUUUAAAUAAUUAAUGCAUAGAUGGUUAUAAAGGUUUUAAAUCAUUUAAUGAUUUUUAAUAAUUAAAUCUCUAAGGAUCGUAAAACAACCCUUCAACUAAAGAUCCGAUGAAAGAAAUCCUCAACUUUAAUUCUAUUAACAUAUGUCACCUUGGUAUUUUAGAAGUAGGGUGAUAGACGUCAAUAGAAUUAAAGUUUAGGGGAUUUUUAUCAUCUUUCUUUAGUUGAUAUGUUUUAUUACUAAAAACUCUUUAUUUUAUAAUCUUUAAUCAUAUUAGCGUCUCCACUUGCAUCCGUUUCUAUAAAAAAAAAAUUUUUACAUCACAUUCGUUUCUAUUUAAACAGAACAGAAAAGUAAAUCACGACAUCCUACCCCAACAACAGAGCAAAGAGUUUCUCGUGUCUAUUUUCCAGUGACAAGUGUCUACAAAUGGAAGCAUCAAAAAUGUGUUUUGGUCUUAAAACUCUCCCUAACGUUCAUAAUGGCCGACUCUGUCACAAGACCAACCUUUCUCUCAUCCCUCGCCGUUUGCUUCAAAAUAACACUCUUUCCACAAAGAAAACCACAAAACACGAUUUGUUAUGUGUAAAGGCUGAGAGUAGUGGCGAUAUUGAGAGUACUCGUCCAUUGACAUACUUUCCUCCAUCUACUUGGGGAGAUCACUUCCUCUCCGUUCCCGUUGAUGACUCUGAAUUUGAGGCAGUUGAACAAGAAAUUGAAUCUGUGAUGAAGCAUAGAGUAAGAGACAUCCUCAUGUGUCCUCACUGUAAAGACAAGGAGCAGAUUCGUAUAAUUCAUUUGCUUAUCAGUCUCGGUGUCGCUCAUUAUUUUGAGAGCGAAAUAGAAGAGAUUCUGCACCAAGCUUUCCAAAAGCUGGACGACUUAGUUUCAGAAGAAGAUGAUCUGGAAACAAUUUCAAUCAUGUUUGAAGUUUUCAGACUAUACGGACACAAGAUGCCUUCCGAUGUAUUUGAGAGAUUCAAAGGUGAAGAUGGGAAAUUUAAGAAAAGUCUGGCACAUGAUGUUAGAGGAAUGCUACAAUUGUACGAAGCAGCUCAUCUCGGGCUACCCUCUGAAGAUAUAAUGGAUGACGCGUUGACUUUCACGCAGCAUUACUUGGGUUCGUUGACUUGCCAAGCAACUAACCCUAAUCUCUUUAAGCAUAUACAACGCGCAUUGUAUAGAGCUCGAUAUCGUAGCGUAGAGAUAGUGGUCGUACGACAAUACAUCUCUUUCUACGAUCAGGAGGAAGGACACAACAAGACGCUCCUUAAGUUUGCAAAGCUCAACUUCAACUUUUGCCAAAUGCACUACAUCAAAGAGCUUAAGAUUAUCACCAAAUGGUGGAACGAGCUAGGUAUGGCGCCUAAGCUAGCUUACUUAAGGCACCGAAAUGUGGAGUUCUUUUUUGCGGUCCUAGGAAUGUUUUUCGAGCCACGGUAUUCACUUGCAAGAAUUCAUGCCACUAAACUUUCAAUGGUCGUGACUGCUUUGAAUGAUACGUGUGAUGCAUAUGCCACCCUACCUGAAGUUAUUAGUCUUCAUGAUGCUUUCCAGAGGUGGGAUCUUGGUGCCAUAGAAGAAUUACCAAGCUACAUGAGAAUCAUUUACCAAAGUGUGUUAAAAACUGUUGAAGAUAUUGAUCUAGAAAUGAAAGCUCGAGGAAAGUUUGGUAGUUUGCAACCAACUAUAGAUGAGACUAAGAGUCUGAUGAAAUUGUAUGUGGCGUUAGAAAAAUGGGCACGUGCAGGUCAUGUGCCAAGCUUUGAGGACUACAUGGAGAUUGGGAAAUCCACACCUGGACUGGAUGACAUGGCAGGCUACGGAUAUAUAUCGAUGGAUGAUUGUGAUCAGAAGCAACUGAAUGAAUGGUUCAACUCCAAACCCAAAAUAUUUGAAGCUGUAAAUACUGCAUUUCGUCUUAGAAAUGACAUUGUCACUUUUGAGCAAGAAGUGAGCAGAGGAGAGGUGGCAAAUGGCCUCAACUGUUACAUGAAGCAACAUGGUGUUACCAAAGAAGCAGCAGCUGAAGUAAUGAGGGAGAUGGAACGAGAGAAUUAUAAGAUAAUGAUGGAUGAAUUUGUUUCUUCAAAAGCUGUUCCACGACAGAUUCUGAUGCGACCCUUCAACCUUGCACGUACAAUUGAUUCAUUUUACAAGGAAGGUGAUGGAUUUGGUCAUCCUGAUCAAAACCUAAAAGACCUUAUUGCCUCAUUGUUCCUCCAUCCAAUUCCUCUUUGAAAACUUUGAAAGUUAGAGCAAAUUUGGGAGAUAAAUAAAAUACUGAGUAGCCUAAAAUGUCAUUCUAUCAUCUUCAACAUUUCUUUCCUUAGUUCUUUAUUUCGUCGUGCUCCCUCUCCUAUUUUUUGGUUUGUUUGUCGCACAUCUAAAAAUAAAUGAUUUGAUCUUGGACGCUUUUUGCAUAUGAAAUGGUUUUUUUUUUUUUAAAGCACAAAAUAGAAUGCUAUGUGUGAACAAAGAAUGUUGAUAACGCAAAAACAAGUAGAAGUUGUUAAUUUCUCCAACCUUCUUGACGAGUUGAUCUUCCUCAUGAGAGCUUUCAUUUGACGUAAUUUAAAUCUUGUAGCUUAAUGUUUAGCCUGAAAUUUGACUUUAGCAUGUUAUUGAUUCUUUUGUAAACGAUUGUCCUGCAAAAUGUGUGAUCGAUUGACCACGAAAAAAGGUUUGCCGUCAUAUGGAAGCAAUAGAAAGCUCACUAAUAAAAUCAUGCAUGACAUAUCUCGUCUUGGUCUUUUGUAGAAGCAACCUUGAUUCUAAUUCUGAAAUUUACUCAUCCCCAAGCUCUUCUACAUUCUUGCUGUUUCUCGUCUGAUGCAAGUAACUUUCUGCCAUUCAGAAAAGAACAACAUUUUCCUUCUCAAAUGUAUUCCCUUUGGGAACUAUCAAGCAAAGGAGAAAAAAGUAUCGUUUCAAGUGAGCUGGAAGAUAGUUGUAGCUUACCGGCAAGCCUGGAAUUAGAUUGCUCUUAUUAGCUAGAAGAUCCCAAAUCCUGCUGGUUUGAACUCUCUCCCAUUCUACGUCUCUGUCAAUCUGCAGUCGACUCUGGAGAUGCAGACAGUAUUUGAAAAGCAGUCGGUGUAGAAAUUCCUUUUGUACGAUUGCCAAUCAUCCUCUGAUAUUUAUCAUUCAAACCAAACCUACACUUUAUAUUUAACAUACGACAAUAUAUAUUAUUAAAACUAUCAUUUAAUCACAUAAGGAGUAUUAUUUGACUAGUUUCUGCCUUCACAUAGCUCUUUCACAUUAUCACAAUCAUACUUCUUAGAUGACUUGGCAUUAGCCAAUAGUUUCCAUAGAAACUUCUUUUGAGUGAAGUAUGUAGACAAAUCAUGUUAUUCUUGUUUGAGGUUCAUAAUUGCAUGUUCAAGCUAAUACUUGUGAGGAAAAUUGUUAACUUUAAAUAUUCUGAACAAAUCAUCUCACAUUUGAGCAGCAUCAUCGAAGUACAAAAUUCUAAAGUAGAUUUCUUUGUUGACAACAUUCAAUAGCCAUGAUUUUACCAUACUAUUCUUGAAGAAACGAUUAUCAAUAGCAUGCCUAGAGAGAGAUCCAUCAAAACGAAUCCAAACUUAUUCUUAGCAUCAAGACUAAUUCUCAUAGCUGUUGACCAACUAGUAUAAUUUCAUCUUGAGCAUGAGACUGAGAGACUAUUGGUAAUGAUCUCCUGAAUGAAGAAAGAAUGGGCUAUGCGUACUGUUAUAGGACUCAGUCAUCACGGGAAUCAUAGCUACGGAUAAAUCGUGAGAUUGUUGUUGUUUUGCAGAGAAAUCUUCUGGUUCAUCUAGAAUCGGUCUAACCAACUUAUUUCGAACUUCAAAACCACCAUCGCCCUGUGUAGAAUUUCGAAUCUUCAUCAUUCCUCCUCGUUUCACCACCCUUCUUUCCAUUUUUAUGAUUCUCAUAUAUACGUAUAAACCCUAAUUGAUAGGAAAAUUCAUAGUAGAUUUCUAUCAAUUAGGAUAUGACAAUGUUGUGCCAAAAAAAAAAAGAUAAGACAAUGUAAACUCCAUCAUUCAGUAAUCAUAAUAAAUAUUAGUCGGAAAAAUACGUACAAACCAUAAAAAUAAGCUUGCACCUGCAUGGGAGUUAGAGCGUUAUGAUUAGUGAGACACAUUACAUCAAAUUAGUGAAUUUUCGUCGUAGUGUAACGUAUCUCGUGUCUUUCCUUUAAUGUGCCGACAGAACUUGUAGAGACUUGUAGUAUAAUAAAAACAUGAGCGUGUUCCUUUGUAAUUAAUCAUCUACCCCCAUUUUUCGGAUCCCAUUUGUAACGAUAAGAGUCAUCACAUGUUUCAGUCUGGCAGAUCCAGAUUAGUGGAAUUGAAACGUGAUACAAGUUGGAUUAGUUUAGCUUAAAAACAGAGUGCAGAAGAGAUCAAACGUAGAAUAUGCUUCCUUUCCAAUUUGAAAAUCUAACAAAAUACCACAUUGGUUUGAAAGGUUCUUUCACGAUUUAGAUUUGGAAUUAUUGAAAGUUGAAACAUUGUAUUUAGUACUACUGAGUAUUAAAAACUGUUUCGUGGACAUUGACUUUUGAGAUUAAUUUUUAUUUUGAGGUGAAGGCGGCAAUAGAAGUAGAAAGGGGUUACUAAUUAAAUUGCAUGUCAAAAUCUUAGGCAUCAGCAUGAUGAUUUUUUUCACAAGUUUUUCUAAAUUAAGAUAUUAAUAUUUUAAAAUAAUUUAAUCUUAUAUAUUAAAACAGAAGUCACAACUUUGAUUCAUGUAUGAUUUUUUAAAAAAUGGACCCUCACUUGAAAUCAAUUAUCAUUCAUUAUUACUAAUAAUAUGGAUUAAUAAUAUAUCAUUCCUAAUAUAACAUUGACUCCUAAAAACCCGGAUUGGUUAACAAACUCAUAUUGAUUCAUGUGUGAUAUUUUUAUUUGAAUCAUCAUUUAAUUUUUUUAUUAAAUGUAUUUCCUUAAUGGUAAUAUAUAAUCUUUUAAAUACUUAAAUCAUAAUAUAAUUUGAUAUUUUUAAUUUAAAAAUAAAUAAAUAUAUAUAUAUACAUAUAUAUUUAUAUUUUUUUCUUAACAAAUGUGUUGAAAAACA